AUGGUGUCGGACGCCGAGCUUGCAGAGGCUUUAGUCCCUUUCGCUUGUUGCGCCUUGGGCUGGUUUUGUUUAGGCUAUCACACAAAUGCUGCCCCAGGGCGUUCGGCUGCCAUUGCUAGACUCCUCGCAGCCGCAAAUUUGUGGCCGCCGACUGCUACUGAGACUACAGUUGCUCAUGUCUUAGCUCGGCUACUGUCUACAAUGCCACAAGUCCUGACCCUGGUGCCAAGAGCAAUCUCUACGUACACACCAGUGCUGGCCUCGCAGCAACCUGCAACUUUGAUGCAUGUCUUGGAGUUCGUGCCCUACAGCGGUGAUUCUAGAUGCAAGUGCGGCCGACCCUUGGUUCUUUGGCGGCAAACAGAAGCCCUUUGCUUCACUUUUGGCCGUGGGCUGGUUCGGGCACGAGUGCUCUUCCUGCGAUGCUUUCAAUGUGGCUCUUGGAAAUGGGACGAUGUGCCUGAAAACAGCCCCUUUCCUCAUGGCUUUCAUCAUCCUUGCCACAUCCAACCUGAUCGCAGAGACGCACGGUGGUUCUUUGCCACUCCAACUGUGUGUUGGGAGGUGCACUUUUUGCAGUUCAUCUUUGGGUGCAUGGCCCGUGGCGGCUUGAGUGCUUCUGCUCUAUACGAUAUAUAUUCCUCUUUUUGGUCAGCUACCAUGCGCGGGACGAUGUUUGCUGCUCGGGAACAUUUUGUCCAAAAGCUGCUCUUCGCCGUUUUGGUGCAUGCGUCCAUGCUGUUGUUGGACACUUCUGGAAUUGAAGAAUUGCACUCCUUUCAGUGGCAUUUGCGUCCCCAUCAUGAAGCUGCAGACUUUGAGCCAUUGCUGCGCAAGCUCCGUGCCGGCUUUGAUAGGCUGGCCUCUGAGCAUGCUUGUCCAUUGUUCGACAAGGUCCGCGCAUGUGUGAUCGACGGAAAAUGGUCUGUCCAGACACUGGUUUGUAACGACCGUGGCUCUGGCCUGGUGUGGGAGCCCAAACUCCAGAUGGGCUACUUUCGUGGCUGCUCUUGUCGACCAGCUCCUGGUUCCAAAUAUUGCCGGGCGCAUGGUCAAUGUGAAGUGCCCCCUGAAGAGUCCUGCAUCCGAAAGCACAGAGAAAGGCAGACCCAGGAAGGGCUUUCCUUGCAGUACCUGGUUCAAGAUGCUUGGGUUGAUGCUGCAGCAGUGCCUUUGAGCCAUGUGCGAGCUUACGAGCUCACUUUACUGCGCCAAAAACCGCGUGACAAUCUAGUGGAUGAGCCGGAUUCUUGCCGUCACAAGGACGACCGCAAGGGCAUCUCCGAAACCCGGGUUGUUCGGAAGUCCAAUGGCAUUCUGGUGGCGGUGUCGCCAUGCCUGCAUAUUUUGGCUAUCCGUCCCAUGUAUGCCUCUGAGUCUGUGACUCAAGUCUUCUUGGUGCAGUAUUUGCUCAGCCUUUUCAGCACAUUGGCCUUUGUCGUCUACGACAAUGCCUGUGGAGCUGCUCGGAGCGCACGCAAGCGCGUGCGUGACUUGACACUUGCUCCUCCGGUGCGGGCAGCUUGGCAGCGGCUGGCGAACCUCCAUUGGGUGGUGGACAGGCUGCACUUGCGAUAUCAUUCUGCUUGCCGUCAACCAUCCAGUCCUUGGUUUGUUUCUGGCGUUGAUCCAGCUGCACACCCAGAUCUCUACGGCAUUGACACCGAAGCUGCUGAGCAAGUCUUUCAUGUGGCUGGCCGAUGGCAGCUUGUACUUUCCUAUGCCGCACCUAUACACCAAGAACUCUUCUUGCUCCUGUUUGCUCAUGACCACAAUGUCAAGAAACGCAAGAAGCAACCAACGGUCCAGUGUGAGGAGCUACCGGCUGCAAGUGGAAGCUGUUCCGUGCGUGUGAAAGAGCCACGUGUGCACGAGCUGCAACUCACUUCGGCUUCUCCAGAGGACCAAGUUGUUGUCAACCCAAACAGUGCGACAGUGCAUGCCAUCUCAGACAUCAGCACUGUCGAGACACGUUGUGGUUGGCGCUUCGACGGCACAGGGCACAGGCCACAGAGAGCCAAAGUGCUGAAGGAUGCCAACCUCUUUUGCUGUGGUUCGUGCUUCUCUGCGCGAGUUCCUUUUUUCAAAGCACAGACAUGA